AUGAAACUUGGCGACACAGUUCCGAAUUUCAAAUUUUCCACAAAUUUGGGCUCAUAUGAGCAAUUGUAUUCAACAAUUCCUGAUGGUUCUUGGCUCAUGAUUUUCUCACAUCCAGCUGAUUUUACACCAGUUUGCACAACAGAAUUAGCUGAAUUACUCAAAAGAGCUGACGAAUUCAAGGCGAGAAAUGUGCACAUUUUUGCAAUUAGUAUUGAUUCGGCAGAAGCGCAUAGAAAUUGGGCAAAAGAUAUUUGGGGAUAUUUGAAAAGAAAUGAACAAGGAGCUGCUGGAGAUGCAGUUGAAAGCGGUGAGCAUUUUCGAAAAAUUUAGAAAAAUAAUUAGUAAACAAUCGUGAAACGUUCACAAUUUUUCUAACAAUAAAUUUAAAAAUCGAAUUCUAUUUCAUUCAGAUCUUCCAUUCGAAAUCAUCGCCGAUGUUGAUCGUUCCAUCAAUGUUGCAUUGGGAAUGAUUGAUCCAGAUGAGAUUAAUUGUCAAGGAAUUGCGCUUUCUGCUCGAGCUGUUAUGCUUUUUGGACCCGACAAGAAAUUGAAAUCCAAGAUUUUGUAUCCAGCAACAUUUGGAAGAAAUUUUGAGUGAGUUUCAAGUUUCGUUUCAUCAAAUCAAAUUCCUUCGAUCUUUUUAGCGAAAUUCUUCGUAUGAUUGAUGGUGUUCAACUUGCAACAACAGCACCUUUAGCAACUCCAGUCAAUUGGAUUCCUGGUCAACCAGUAAUUGCGCAACCAGGUUUGAAAACCGAAGAAGUUAUCGAAAAAUUGUGUGGAGGAGAUAACAGCAAUUUGAAAAUUGUUCCACUUCCCAGUGGAAAAGAAUAUUUGAGAAUUGUUUCCGGAGACAAUUAUAAGAAAUAA